GUGCAGAUUUUUUUUUCUUCAUUCUUCAUUCUCUAACUUCUCUCUACUUUCUCUCUCAUUUUCCUUUACUUUCUUGGAGGCCAAACACCACACCUUUGCUCCACCCUUACACCACCACCUUGACCCACCAUCUCCACCACCUCCGGCCACCUUAUCUCGCCGGAAAAUGGGUCCGGUCGGCACUCCUUGAAUCCAUCCGAAAAUAACACAAUAGAAGCACAAACUCUAGAUUUUUCUUAAUCUUUUGAAGAAUCAAAGCAUGGGAUUUAUUUUCUUGAUGGAUUAGAGGCUUGUACUUGGAUUGGAGGAAGGCAUCUCUCCACCUCUUGGAAAUUAAUUUGUAGAGUUUCAAAUCUACACUUUUGCUAUUUUUGGAGAUUCAUAGACUUUUGUGUGGCUCGCCUCAACUUGGAAGACUAGAAUUUUUUGAAGGAUCACAGGCGCGUAUGGCAAGGCGAAGAGUUCAUAAGAGUCGCCCCCUUAUGGAAGUACUUGAGGCUGAGCGAGAGCCACAUCUUAGUGUUGGAAAUGAAGUUCCACCUCGGGUUCAGGAAGAAGAGAUUGAACAUGAAUCGCAUAAUGAGCAAACUCAAGAGUCAAGUGCCAAUCCAGAAGUGGGACAUUCAGAUAGAGUCGUACCACCAAGGGUUGACACAGCUCCAGCAUUUUUAGACCCUAGUGUGCAGCGCCUUUUAGAGUCAAUGGCUAGCCUAGCGGAGAGGCAGACUCACAUCCUUGAACAACAGAAUGCAGCACAGUCAAGGCCAUUUGUGCAACCUACAGAGAACCGCCUCACCGCAAUUGAGAGGUUCAAGAAGUUGGGGGCUCCAUCAUUUUCUGGAUCGCCCAAUCCUAUGGAGGCAGAGGCCUGGUUAAGGAGGGUAGAGAAGAUAUUUUCUGUGAUAGAAGUAUCAGACGAGCAGCGAGUUGCACUUGCUAGUUUUAUGCUGGUGGAGGAGGCUGAAUAUUGGUGGGAGGCCACGCAACGCCUACUUACGGCAAGUGGCACCGGAGGAUUGACCUGGAACCAAUUCACUAAGGUUUUCAAUGACAAGUACUUUCCAGCUACCUAUCGGUAUGAAAAAGAAAGAGAGUUCCUUCGGCUAGAGCAAGGGGAUUUGACUGUAGCUCAAUAUGAAGCUAAGUUCAUUUCUUUAUCUCGUUUUGCCCCUUCGUUUGUGGAUGAUGAGGAGGUCAAAUGUCGUCGUUUUACAGAUGGGUUGGAUUUGGACAUCAAAUCUCGUAUCCGAGUAUUGGGAAUAACUAACUAUUCGACCUUGGUUGAUAAAGCCUUAACCGCUGAGAAAGAUGCCAUAGAAAUGAAGUUAGUGGAACAAUAGAAGAAGCGCCACCUU